GGGGUAAAGAUUCUUGGAAAAGACCUGGAGAAAACCUUGGCUGGUUUACCCCUCCUCGUGGCUUAUAAAGAAGAUGAAAUCCCUGUUCUUAAAGAUGAAUUGAUCCAUGAAUUAAAGCAGACACUAAAUGCUAUCAAGUUAGAAGAAAAAGGAGUCUAUGUCCAGGCAUCUACACUGGGUUCUUUGGAAGCUCUACUUGAAUUUCUGAAAACAUCAGAAGUGCCCUAUGCAGGAAUUAACAUUGGCCCAGUGCAUAAAAAAGAUGUUAUGAAGGCUUCGGUGAUGUUGGAACAUGACCCUCAGUAUGCAGUAAUUUUGGCCUUAGAUGUGAGAAUUGAACGAGAUGCCCAAGAAAUGGCUGAUAGUUUAGGAGUUAGAAUUUUUAGUGCAGAAAUUAUUUAUCACUUAUUUGAUGCCUUUACAAAAUAUAGACAAGACUACAAGAAACAGAAACAAGAAGAAUUUAAGCACAUAGCAGUAUUUCCCUGCAAGAUGAAAAUACUCCCUCAGUACAUUUUUAAUCCUCGAGAUCCGAUAGUGAUGGGGGUGACGGUGGAAGCAGGUCAGGUGAAACGGGGGACACCCAUGUGCGUCCCAAGCAAAAAUAUAAGUUUCAGUUGCACAUUUCGUUUCCCUCCUUCCCUACUAGACACAGGUUAGAAUUAUUGGAAAGACACCCAUACAGGUGCCUGCCUCUUGCAUGACCCAGGCUGCAUCACUGCUGCCGAUGCUCUGAUUCCUUGGGGAAAGUGCUCGCUGCCAACCAUCUCCAUUAGAAACUUGCCCCUUGGUAAUUACUCCGUAAUCUGUCUGGUACCUAGAGUUCCUGAUGGACAUCCUGUUUCUUGACAGCCUUUAUCGCAGUGGUUUUAGUACCCACUGGCAAGCCUUGCUUAAGUCAGCUAUCAAAUAGACAGUUAGAAAAUUGUGGGUAACCCAUCCCCCCCAUCUCUUAGAAACAACCUCCUUCCCACUGACUUUUUUAUCCAGUUAUCCCAUAGACUCAGCGGUUUUUUUGAUGUGUUACAAUCCAUUACCUUUAUUCUUUGGAUACUCAGAUUAUCCAGUGUGUUCAGAGGAUUUAAACUGGUUCCUGUAUCCCCUGUAUCCUUGACACACAACACGCUGGAGCAUCUUCUUUCUUUCUGGUGCAGUGAAAUGUUUCAGCCUCAUCUAGUACUUUCCCUGCCCCAAACUGGUUCCUGUAAUGGGCAAUGGCACUUAGAAGUUGUCAUAGCUUCUCUACCAUUUCACUGGACUAAGCCAGGGCAUUUAUUUGUGGUAAUUAUUUUCUAUGUGGCUUUGGCCUCCUAAACCAAAGCUCUCCCUGUUUUCCCUCUUAGUCUCUUGAAUGUUUUUCUCCACAAGGUAGUCAGGGUUUUUUCCCCAAAACUCUGAGAUCACGUCAGUCAUCUGCUCACAGGCCAUCAUUCUUUAAUUUCAGGAUGAGGUCCUCAAUAUGACUUCAUUCCCACCAGUCACCUCAAGCUCAUUCCUGACUCAGACCCUCUGUCCCUGUUGAUCCCUCCUGUUAGGACACCUGUCACGUAAAACAGUACAACAAAAAUAGAAAAUGACAUUGGGUCAACAGGGCACUUGUAAUGUUUUGCAGAGCGCAUUAUCUCCUGUCACUCUUACAACAUGUGAAGGGAAUAGGCUGUGUGGUGGUGCAAGCCUAAUUUACCAGAUGAGAAUGCUACACUGUGAGACAUUAAGUGAUGAGUGAAGGAUCGCACUGCCAUGACUUUGAAAACAGUCUCUUGUGCUCCAGUUCUUACUUCAGCUAUCCAGUCAUGGAUCCUGUGAUGGGCAUGAAUUCUCCUGCAUGCCCCUGUAAUUUGUUCUUAUUUUACAGUUUGUUGACAUCGGAAUAGUAACAAGUAUUGAAAUAAACCAUAAACAAGUGGAUGUUGCCACAAAAGGACAAGAAGUCUGUGUAAAAAUAGAACCUAUCCCUGGUGAGUCACCCAAAAUGUUUGGAAGACAUUUUGAAGCUACAGACAUUCUUGUCAGUAAGGUAAGUAUUUCAGGAAACAUGGCAGAAGCUCCUUGGGCUUCAGGUUGAUUGUAGAAUCUGAUGGGGCUGGAUCCCCCAUUAGGGCUUGAUCUCUAGCUGGGCCUUGGCUGAUGAGGAAGUUGCCCCAUCAGGAAAGCAGCACCAACAGAGAAGCAGCUAGGACUUUUAGGUCCCCUUGUGCCUGACAUGCCAACCAGAUGUGAUUUUGGAAUUCUAGUCCCCUAGGCAGGCAAGCCCUGUUUUUAUUUCUGCUUAAGCUUGAUUACAGUGACAGCAGGCAUCUGGGGCCACAGAUUUUUUUUUUACCUGUUUGUGUUUACCCUGUUUGUGCCUCGGGCAUUGAAGAACAGCUGGCAGUCCAUUGAUGCACUCAAAGACUGGUUCAGAGAUGAAAUGCAGAAGAGUGACUGGCAGCUUAUUGUGGAGCUGAAGAAAGUAUCUGAAAUCAUCUAAUUUUUCCACGUGGAACGGGAACUGGAGAAAAUGCAAUACUGUGUUGUAACAUCCCAACAAAACAAGACAAAAAAUGGAACAGAUAUAUCUGGACACUAAUGGACUUAAAUAUGGAAGGAAGAAAAAUAGGUGUAUAAAAUGUUUUCCAUGAGAAACCAAGAAACUUACACUGGUUUGACAGUGGUCAGUUACAUGUCCCCACAGUUCCAAUGUGCCUGUUCACUCACCCCUCCUUUCCCCAACCCUUCUCUACUUGGCUGCUGUUUUAAAGUUUGCCCUUCCCCAAAUUUGGAUUUUUAUUACAGAUCUAAAGCUCUUUCAAUUUUAUACUGAUUAAAUCAGUACUGCAGUAUUUGAUUAACCAA